AUGUGGAGAGUGUUUGCCUGUUUGGUCCUGAUGUCAGCUUUGACCUUCGCCCAGGGUCGUCGAGAGGAUUACCCGGGAUUUCCGCGCUUCAAAAACAUUCCCAGAUAUAACCAACGACCCUGCGGCCCCCGAGUCUGUGGCAAAAGUGGACUUUGUUAUCGUGGUUUUGAGAGCAUUUGCGACCUCAACGAGUAUAAUCUAAAGAUGAUAUUCAGUGGACAGGAAGAAUUCGAUUUGACUGACCUUAUUUAUUGCCAAGAGCCACCGCCGCGGCCAAAGAUUGUAGAUGUGGGCUACUAUUAUAAUCAACGAAGUUUGCUUGUGGCUCAACCACCUCGCUCGACUUACUCAUCACCCAUUCCCAGACCCAGAAUUUCACAAAUUCCGCAAUAUAUCGGACGUUACGACGUAAUGCCGCCACCGGAUACUUAUGGUCCUCAAGCAAUAGACUAUGUGCUUCCGUAUCCGGUAUGGGCUCUUAAGCGGCCCCAAACACCACCCAGAAGGAACCCAGUGAGCUAUAGGCCUCCAUAUUGGCACUAUCCGACCAGGAGGCCCGAAACAACCAAGCGGCCAUGUUAUGAGGAAACUACAACCACCACAAAGGCUCCUAUAUCAACGAAAGCCCCUGAAUAUUUAACAACCACCACAACAUCUCAACCCUCUACAUCGACGACCACAACUGAACCUUCAACAACUACAAAUACGGCAUCAUCCACGACAACUAGCACUGAAGCUUCUACAACAACAACUACCACUGAAGCUUCUACAACAACAACCACGGAGAGAACUACGACAACUACCCCUGAGCCAAUAACAACGACAACAACAGAGCCUACAACGACAACUACAGAACAAACAACAGAGCCAACAACAACCACUGAGCCAACAACAACCACUAAAUUGACAACGACCACAGACCCAUCAACGACAACUUCCCAAGACCCCUCCACUACGACAACGAAAGAUACAACACCAUCAACAACCACAGAUUCUUCUACAGAAACGACUACGGAUCCGUCGACAACGGUAACAACAGAAUCAACAACAACGACAGAACGUUCAGAAACUUCCACUACAACAACGAUCGACCCUUCAACAACAACAACGACCGUUCCUUUUACAACAACAACAACAACCGAUCCUUCUACAACAACAACAACCGAUCCUUCUACAACAACAACAACCGAUCCUUCUACAACAACAACGACCGUUCCUUCCACAACAACAACGUCCGUUCCUUCUACAACAACAACAACCACAGAGUCUUUUACAACGACAACAAGUGAUCCAACAACAACUACAGAAUCUUCUACAACAACAACGACCGCUCCUUCCACAACAACAACGACCGUUCCUUCCACAACAACAACGACCGUUGCUUCCACAACAACAACGACCAUCCCUUCUACAACAUCAACUACAGCGUCGUCCACAACGACAACGACGGAUCCAACAACGAUAUCUUCUACAACAGCAACCACAGAGUCUUCUACAACAACAACGACGACUAAUCCCACCACAGUUUUAUCUACAACAACAACAACAACAGACCCAACAACGAUAUCAACUACGGAUCCCCCUACGACAUCAACAACAACGGAAGCCUCAACCACUUCAACCACUGCGGCGUCUGUAAGUAGAACAUUAAAUCCAUGACAGAUUAAACGAUUCUCUAUUGAAGUCAGAGAUGAAGAGGGACGCUUACUAGACUUCGUUUUAGCAGAUGCGAUAGAGCCAGGCUGCACGGAGAUCACUAAUGUCCUGAUAACCACAGGAUCAAGAGUCGUCUUUGAGUUCUCAGGGUGCAUUGUGCCAAAGACUUCUACAAAGACCCUCAGUGAAGCCACCACCACCACUUCCACUACCACUACCACAACCACUGGGCCAACAACCACCCAGGGAACUCCGUACUACCAGUGGUUUGGCCAAUCCUCGAACUACGCUCAAUCCCAUGUCAUUUAUACCUAUUAG